AUGAGCAGAGACCAAGAACAACCCCAAAUCGACGCCGACUCGAUCCUAUCGGUGUCGACGGACGAAGAUGUUUUCGAUACUCUUUCACUUUCUGCCGACUCCAUAUCCAUGUCCGAUGAAGUUCGCGAUUAUGUCUAUGAGAACUCGCGGCGUUAUCACAAAUACCAAGAAGGCCGUUACCAUUUCCCUAACGACGAUGCUGAACAGGAGCGCGAGGAUAUGCAACAUGCAAUGUUCAUGCUUCUAUGCGACAGCAAACUACACUUUGCGCCACUUAACAACCCGCGCUCAGUACUUGAUAUUGGUACAGGGACGGGCAUCUGGGCGAUAGAGAUGGGCGACGAGUAUCCAGACGCAGAAAUAUUAGGGAUAGAUCUGAGCCCUAUACAACCUUUAUGGGUACCCCGUAAUGUCCAAUUCCUCGUGGACAACAUAGAAGAAGAGUGGCUUCAGCCUGCAAAUUCAUUGGAUUAUAUUCACGCUCGCCAAAUGGCAUCGACAAUUCGGGACUGGCCCGCACUUAUGGCAGAAGUUUUCAAGGCAUUGAAGCCGGGCGGCUGGUUCGAAUUACAAGAUCUAAAAUGCGCCGUUGAAUGCGACGACGACACAAUGCGCGAGGACGAUCUUAUCGCAGAAUUCCUUAGCAAAAUCGCGGGAGCGAUGAGUAUUCUUGGCGUCGACUGUAUUAAUGCCUUGGACAUGUACGAACAGUGGUUAAGGGACGCGGGCUUCAUCAAUAUCCAAAGGACGAUGCUGAAAGCCCCGCUGGGAACGUGGCCUAAAGAUCCACAGCAGUCAAAAAUCGGCCUAUAUAGCCGGAACAUGAUGUACGACGGCCUGCAUGGUUUUGCCAUCAGGCCUUUUACCCACGGUUAUGACUGGACCCCCGAGGAGGUUGAAGUUUACUUGGUGAACGUACGAAAAGCAGUGCUACGCUCUAGGGCGCACAUUUACAUCCCAUUUCAUUGUGUUUAUGCACAAAAACCCCCGGAGCCGGCCGCGGCACGCUCAGGAUGA